CUUCUCUCUUCCAUCUCCAUCAUCUCCUUCCACCUCCUUCAUCCCCAUCUUCUCCUUCCUUCUCCCCCAUCUGCUUCUCCUCCUCCUUGCCUUGCCCUUUCCCCUUCCCUCCGGCCAGGCCUCCCAAUGGCCAGCGGGCCCUCCGCCCAGAUGGACAGCGCCCUCGCCCAGCCUCCGCCUCCCCCUCCGUUCCUGCAGCCGGCCUGCUUCUUCGCCGCCGUUGUGGCCGCCGCCUCCUCCUCCUCUUCCUCCUCCUCCUCCUCCUCGCAGCAUCAGCCGGGGAGCCCCGCGGGGGGCAGCCAAGGCUCGCCCAAGGCUCCCGGUGCGAAACCGGCGCCGAAGCGGCCCCGCUCCUCCUCGCCGGAGCUGAUGCGCUGCAAGCGGCGGCUCAACUUCAGCGGCUUCGGCUACAGCCUCCCGCAGCAGCAGCCGGCGGCGGUGGCCCGGCGGAACGAGCGCGAGCGGAACCGGGUCAAGCUGGUCAACCUGGGCUUCGCCACCCUCCGCGAACACGUCCCCAACGGCGCCGCCAACAAGAAGAUGAGCAAAGUGGAGACCCUCCGCUCCGCCGUCGAGUACAUCCGCGCCCUCCAGCAGCUCCUGGACGAGCACGACGCCGUCAGCGCCGCCUUCCAGGCCGGGGUCCUCUCGCCCACCAUCUCCCCCAACUACCCCAACGACCUCAACUCCAUGGCCGGCUCCCCGGUCUCCUCCUCCUACUCCUCCGACGAAGCCUCCUACGACCCCCUCAGCCCCGAAGAGCAGGAGCUCCUCGACUUCACCAACUGGUUCUGAGCCCCAAGGGACCGAGCUGGGACUGGGCAGCAGGACUGGUUGGGAAAUGGUUGCAUCUUAACUGCCGCUUUCUCUUUCCCAUUGUGGAAAAGAAAAUACAGUCGAAACAGUGAAGCACAGAAAGGAGUUGGACUUCUCCAAGAAAUCUGAAGCACUCCCAGAUUCUACCUUUGCACUCCCUGCUGUUCGGCGUGGCAUGAAGCUCAAUCCCAUGGCUGCGCAUUGGGGAACAAGGCCUACUGAGUUUAAUAGGGCCAGAUAAGUGUGCAAGAGUGUGCAGCUGAAGGGCUUCACUUGCACAGGGUAAGCCUUAUUGGAUUCAGUGGGAUUCAAGUAAACAUGCAGAGGUUGCACUCUAUGGCCUUAGAAGCAACAAGGGGCCUUUGAUGCAUUGGAGGAGCAUCUACUGCCUAUUCUUUAUCCCAAAAACUUAAAACAACACUGCCUAUUCCAUAUCAGUCUUCAAUAGAGCCAUGAGCUUCCCCUUCUUGUUGAAGUAAACACAGUAUUGCCUCUUUUGAAAGAGAGGCUUGUUCACUGCUUUAUGGUCCCAAAUUGCAGCGCAAUCCCAAGUAUUUUUUUACUCAAACCUAUGUUCCACAGAAUUCAGUGGAAACUAUUCCCUAGUAAGUGACCUUAGGAUUGCAGUUGUGCAGACUGAUCUUAUGCACACUUACUAAAUUCAGUAAAAUUUAAGCAAGUGUAAAAAAAACACAACAACAAUUGGAGCCCUAGUUGCCUAAUAUUGUGGAGAUUCUGAAAAUAAAAUCUACUCUGUAUUCAAAGGGUCCUUUGAAUUGUCCACUCUCCUGUUAUCGUUCCCAUCUUAAAAUGCUUCCAAUGUUUUUCUUGUGAACUUUUUAUUAUAUAAAAAAAAUCUAUUUGUAUCAAUCCUAACCAGAUUGGGGGAUAUAUUAAGCUAUUUUUGUAUAUAAGAGACAGAGAAAUUUAUAGAUCUUUUUUUGUACAAAUGGUUUAAAAUGUGUAUAUCUUGAUACCUUUUUACAAAUAUGUAAUGCUUAUUACCUCUCCAUAUCUAGAUGCGUAGUCAACGUGACCUUACAACUGCCAUGUUUUUGUUAUGUGGUUUUGUAAAGGACUCAGAAAUGCCUCCAGAUGUACUUUAGCACCGAUGUGUCUUACUUUUUUGAUAGCAACUUAUGCUAAUGUAUUAAUAAUGUUAUUAAACAAUGUUCGGCGUGAACAAAGUUUAUGCAGCUAUUGUCCAAACACAAAAUGGCAGCUAUUUAUUUUUACAAGCUGCUGCCUUUUGAAGAAAGAAAAGAGGAGGGAAGAAAACCUUUUGCCAUUGCCUUUUUCAUGUGGUUUUAUUACAAACUUACAAAAAGUCAUGUAUAACCAUGUUUUAUACAAACUAGUUUGGUAAUAAAACUUUUGUUUUCAAUUAAAACGAUGUCUUCCUGAUU